AUGAAAAGAAACGGAUCUGGACCUUCUCUAAGUUCUUUGAUAAAAUCACUGGACGAUGCGAUGCGUUCGAAGAAGCGGAUCGAUUCUAGAAGUCGCCCAGUAGGGAUGUGGAUUACGGGGAUAAAGAGGCCGUUAUUACAGAAUUUUGGUGCGAUUCUGAAGCCGAGAAUCCUUCUUUUACAGGCUAUCAAGAAGCUAGUCCGUGAGAGGAAGGAAGCUAUUUUUGCCAAGGGCAAGAUCUACAUGUGUUUCAAGUUUCCUUCUCGGAUUCGACUUUGGAUGAUUGAAGCCGACGUUAAGUUUCUAGAAGGCGAAGUAGCGAAGAAUGUUGAUGCUUACUUGAAACUGGCAAGGGAGCUGCAGCCUCAUUUGUUUCCCUAUACAAAUAAUAAAUGUUUCGAGGCCAAGAACAUAACCAGUGCUGAGAUGGAGCUGUUGAGGCUUGAAUGGAACCAAGGCAACAAGUUUACAGAGGACGGAGAUGGGGAUGGAGGAGAUCUUGCAUGA